AUGUUUGCGGAUGACAUUAAGCUCUGGAGCGUCAUUCGAACUGCAGAUGACGAAGAGCAUCUGCAGGCGAACCUAAAUCGACUCCAACAGUGGUCAAAGGCCUGGCUUCUGCCGUUCAACGAGAAAAAGUGCAAUAUUCUACGAGUCGGCAGAGCUCGCUCUCCGAACCAUAUGGCCUACUGCCUAAAUGGUAUACCACUGCAAGAAGUGGACUCGCAGAAGGACCUGGGAGUAUGGAUUACGACCUCGCUCAAACCCUCGCUGCACUGCACGAAGAUAGCCAAGUCUGCAAUGCCAGUCCUCUACCUUGUCAAGCGGGCUUUCUCUGCCUUUGACGAAAACUGCUUCGCUAAAGUCUUUCGAACUUUUGUGCGUCCGCAACUAGAAUUUGCUAUCCAAGCUUGGAGACCCUGGACCGCGAAGGACCUCAGCAUCCUUGAAAGGGUUCAAAGACGUGCAACGAAACUUGUGGCAGGACAGGGUUCACUACCAUAUGCAACGCGGUUAGCUAACCUUCAUCUCUUUCCGUUGAGUUACAGGCAGUUACGGGGUGACCUGAUACAAGGCUUCCGUAUCAUACGCGGUCAGGACUGCAGCCUCGUACCGGGUGACUUCUUCGAGUUCGCAACCACCACAAAUCUACGAGGCCAUCCAUUGACACUACGUGUGACAGGGGCCAGACUUGACACACGAAAGUUCUUCUCCAACAGAGUGCUAGAAGCCUGGAAUGCCCUGCCUGUGGAUGUCGUUAUGUCGGCUUCCGUCGAGGUCUUUAAGAGGAAGCUGGAUUUGUGUAUCUGUGUGCACUAA